AUUGCAGUUUGCUCUAAUACUACAUAUAUUAUUUUUGACGUACAAAGUUAUUUGGAAGCCUAAUUUUGCACCUAAAAAUGGUUAAUUUCAAUAAAGGAUCGCCGGACCCGGAUAAUACAGAAAAUCUUCCAAAUUAUGUGGAUGCAGCGAAUUUUAACGAAGCAGACGACAACGAUGAGGAGGUUUAUAAUGGUUAUGAACCUCUGGGAAUGCAGGAUUUCGAGGAGGACAACGUAAUAACUGACAGUGAUGAAGAGGCUAGCGAUCCAGUUGUUCAAGAAAAUAACGCCAACAACUCCAACGACCCGAAUUUUCCACCCAUAGAACCGAUUGAGACCACAUUGGUGAGAGAAGUUUGGACGGAAGCAAGUUCAAGUGAUAUUCCUCUAGACGAUAACAAAAUCGAUGAAAUUAAACAAUUGAUGAAAGGAAUUACUUUACCAGUUGCUGCAAUGCCCGAUUGGGUGACCAACGAUGAUAUUGUAAGCAAUUUAGUUACAAAAACUAGGGCGCAUUCAAAAUGAAGAGAGUAUGUUGUGGAAAUGUGAUAAUGUGUGAUAAAAGAUAUCAGAAUGUAAUGUAAUGUAACUAAUACAAGUAAAACUAGGUUU